AUGAAUGAGUACAUAGCCAAUUAUGCGUACACAAAAAGUAUCUCUUCUAUUGGAGAGAGCAGCUCUGUUUCUACGCGAAUAGGAGAAAGCAAGAUAGCAGCCACUGCAUACGAAAACAUCAUUGUAUGGGAUGUUGACACGCUGUCUAUUCAAGAGUCAGUUAGCUACAUAGGAUUAAGUGUAGUAACGGCCAUUGCAUGUGUGUCAGAAGAAGACAUGCAAUUUAUGGUAGGGCAUUCCGACGGAACUGUCAAGUGCAUUGACAGGCAGGGCAGAGAGCUAUUUGGAUUUAGAGAGCAUAUUAAAAAGAUAAUAGGAAUAUACUGCAGCUCUGACAUUGCUGUGGUCUACACUACGUCUGCAUUCACUGUGUUUGAUCUAAGAACAGAAAGCGUUCUGUGCACCAUCUCUAUAGACAUUCCUAUUUCGGUAGGAAGAGUGAUUGGAGACAAAAUAUACAUGGGGACCAUCCAGGGAAUAGUUCACAUAUACAAUAUCAGCGAUCUGUUCAAUCGAAUAGAAGAGGCCACUAUGGUGCACCUUAGCGGCAACCAAAUCUUAGACUUUCUUGUUGCUGGCGCUUUAUACGCAGUGUUGCCGGAAUGCAUCACAGAUCUGCAGACAAAGGCUGAAAUACCAUUGAACCACAGGGCGUCAUUGCACAGCUGCACAGAUUCUUUAUUAUUUACAAAGGACACUAAAGGAAAGUACCACUGGUUAAGUGUAUCACAGGGAGUUAUCACUGAAAGGGGGCAGUUUAAAAACACACGCCCGCCCACAUCUAUUCAGGUGUUUAAGAACAAAGCAGUAGUGCUAUUUGCAGAUAAUGGAUUAUUGGUCUAUAGAGGAAAUGAGUAUAUGACAUCUAUUGAAGGAGGCCGGGAGAAUCUUCUUGCAGUGGUGGAGAACUCAGGCUCUAUUUUAGGAAUAACUGAGACUGAGGGCAAAGUAUUUGCAUCUGCGCCUGAAACAGAUGAGAUAGACACCCAUCCAAUGGCAACCCUUCUCUUUGAAGACCAAGGAAUGACAUGUAUAUCUGUUCACAAUGGCAAAUACUAUAUUGGAAAGAAGGAUGGAAACAUGUGCAUACGUAACAAAGAGGGAGAAGAAAUAGAAAGUAUAAAAAUAUCAGACGAGCCAAUUAGCUCGGUUGACUUGAACGAUCAACUAAUUGCAGUGUCCACAGAAAGCCGAGUGGUGCUACUGGAAAGAAAUCUAAACAAGGCGGGCGCAGCUGAUCUUGAAAGCUUUGAAAAGGAUGAGCUAGAAUAUGAAGACGAGGUUAUUUGUGUGCGAAUAUCACAGGACAGCACGCUGAUAUUUGCAUCUUUGGCAGACAACACAGUUAAAGUGCAUAAGGUAGACGGAACAAAGGUGCUUUCAUUGUAUGGCCACUCAGUUCCUGUUGUAGACAUGUGUAUGUGUAGCGAGAAAGACCUUCUAUAUACCCUAGGAGGGGACAAACUGAUCAAGGUGUGGGGGCUGAGGCAUGGAGAAUGCAGAAAAACUCUGAACCCUAUCGACCCAUCUGGAAUAUUCCUAAAAAACAACCUUCUUCUGGUCAGCACUGGGUAUGGAAUGAUAUACUACCUGAAAGACACAUUUGAAAAGGUCAAAAAGAUAGAGUAUAUGACAGGAAAGGCAAGAGCAGUUCCUGGGCAGAGAAGAAUUGCGCUGCUCGAUAGACAUCUUCUGAUUAUUCGAGAGAGGGCACUUUCUCUUUUUACAGAAGGAGACUACAGCACAACAAUAGCAGAACAGAGAUCGCUUGAAGAAAGAGAGGCAGAAACAAAAGAAAUUGCAAAAAGCAAAAAGAUCUAUAAAAUAGAUGCAAUAGAGGAGCUAGAAUCUGCUUUAGAAGGGAACGAUCCACAGUACAUCUAUAACGCUCUUAAAAGACUGUCAAAGACUGAUAUAGAAAAAUCGAUUGACAUUAUGAAUGGUGAAAUUCAAGAAAAGCUAUUGUGGGCACUUUCCAAAAUACCAACAGAUGAUAAUCCAAUAAUUUUUGCCUGGGCACUUGGAAGGCUUCUUCAAAAAACCCCAUGCACCGAAGUUCUUUCUGAAACCCUGCAGAAAUUGCGGGCUGAGCUAAGAAAGCAGGCAAGACUUGCUAUGUCAAAUAGAGCAGCCAUCAUGUGGAGUAUAAAACAAUAAAUAC